AUGACUGGUUGUGGUGAGAAGUUGACCGAACAAAAACUAUGUGAGAAGAUUUUGAGAUCCUUGCAUCCCAUGUUUGAUUACAUUGUGUGUGCCAUUGAAGAAUCUAAAGACAUUUCAACAUUGAGUCUUGAAGAAUUGCAGAGAGCAUUAGAAGCAAUAGAAUUGAGAUUGGAUAAAAGAAAUGAUGUGAAGUAUGGGGAUCAAGCAUUGACAACACAAAGAAAACAUAAAAAGAAUGAUAAGGAUGAGGCUUUUGCUGCACAAGAGGAUGAUUCAAAAUCAUACACAAUAUUGUUGAUGGCCACCACUAAUGAAGAACCAUCUCAAUCCCAAUUAUGGUUCCUUGAUACCGGAUGCUUCAAUCACAUGACAAGUCACAAUGAAUGGUUGGUGGAUAUUGAUACAUCAAGAAGAAGCAAGAUCAGGUUUAUUGAUGACAGAAUCCUGGAAGCUGAAGGUGUUGGCAACAUGGAGAUUGAGAAUGUGUUGUAUGUGUCAGAGAUGAAAAACAACUUACUAAGCAUAUGCCAGUUGAUUCAUAAAGGAUUGCAGGUGAUUAUGAAAAAUGAUGCACUAGAAACGUAUGAUGGACAAAAGAAAAUAAUAUUGAAGGUUCCUCUAUCAGAUAAUAGAACCAUUGUCGUUAACAUACAAGUUGCAGACAUCCAAUGUUGA